CAUUAUACUAAUAUAGUUUUUGUUAAAGUCGUCAGUCUUUGCCUGUCUACAGACAUGUUCUGCGAAGCAGAACGAACUGGUUCCUUGGUGCUCGCCCUAGCUGUUUUCCCGGUUCCCAAAAUCUGUCACCAUUCCAAAGCGCCGCGUCUUCGUAGAGCGACAGGCAAGAGUGAGCGCAAUAAUAUGUAAAAGGGGGUGUGUUAGGGGAGAGCUAGAGAGAAACGUUUGGAUAGAGCUUCAAAUUUAGACCGAGAGAGGGAGAGAGAGGGAUUUUCUCUCACACACUCGUGUAGAAUAGCCUACCGCAGCGACAAUGAAUAAAUAUAUACAGAAAUUUUGAAAAUCCGAGACAGACGGACAAACGGAUUGGUCAGUCGUCUCUCCAUACACUGACAAGAAAUUGCCUACGCAUGUGAGAUCAGGCGUCAGAUCAUACGAAGAGCAGCCGCAUGAUCGUUUUCAUAAUGCGGGCGGGCGUGAGUAGGCUACAGUAACACACGGUGUUGCACGGAGAGAGAGGGGAGGAGUGCGGAGGGCCAGUUAUCGGUUUCCCCGCCAGACAAACGGAGGAGAGAGGGGAGGCAACAAGACGCCUAGUAUGUCGAAUCGAAAACACCGGGACAACCAAGAGAUAUGCGCCCGCAGGGUGAGGGAGCUCGCUCAGGCUGCAGUCAACAAACACUGCUUCGAGUGCGGACAGCCUGGAGUGACAUACAUCAAUAUCACCGUGGGCUGCUUCGUGUGUACGUCGUGCUCCGGAAUGUUGAGAGGACUCAACCCUCCCCACAGAGUCAAGUCCAUCUCCAUGACAACCUUCUCCCAACAGGAAGUUGAAUUUCUCCAAAACCAUGGCAACGAGGUUGGGAAGAGGACUUGGCUCUGCACCUUUGACCCAAAAACGGAUGGAUGCUUUGAUGCCCGAGAUUCCCAGAAACUGAAGGAGUUUCUUCAGGACAAAUAUGAGAGGAAGAAAUGGCAUUUUUCAAAGAGCAAGAACCGGCGGGACAUAGAAGGACCCUUCAGCCCUGGAAUGCAGAACCUGCCGCAGGCCCACGCCGGACCCCUGCAGAACCAGCUGCCCAGUCACACCAUGCCUCACGGAACCCACCAGAACCAGAUGCCCAGUCACGCCAUGCCUCACGGAACCCACCAGAACCAGAUGCCCAGUCACGCCAUGCCUCACGGGUCCAGACCCAUUCGCACGCUGGUGAGGUCCCAGUCUCAGAUGUCCUGCUGGGACAGACCGCCUAUGGUGUCCCCUGCGGAUAUGCGCACGGACGUCUUCACCGCCCGACCCACGCGCUCCCAAAGCUUCAGAGACCCUCCCAUCAAAGAUACUAUGUUAAGUGGGGUGGAAAGACAGAGGCCAGGGUCAUUGUCCUCGGGUAUGAGAGACCAAAAUCACCCAACAUCCUUUCCUGCCCUCCCUCGUCCGUCAGCCAGUAGCACUUUUAAAAACAACUUCACCCUAGGUCGUACACUCUCCGCCUCUGGAGGCGGGGCUCCGUUCAGGGUGUUCCCCAAGUCUCUCAGUGUGGAUUUCGGAGGUCUGGGUCAGCAACACACCGCCCUCAGCACUGCCCCCCCUCCCAAAGCGUCUGGGCCCUCCCAAGACAAGUACGCCCCCCUGUCGCAACUUGACAGCGUGUUCUUGGAAAACACACCUGCCAGCACAGCCCCCUCUACUGGUCCAUCACAGUACAGCGCCCUAUUUGGCAGCAGAGUGUCAACAAGCUCCACUCCUCCAGCAAGUUCACCUGGUGUGACAGAUCCAGGCACCCAAACUUUUGCAAACUUUCCCAACCCGUUCAACUCCACCUCCACCUCACAGCCCGCCCUGUCUCCCAGCAACCCUUUCAAGUGUGCCACACCAGAUGACUCAAGUGCGUUUGUCUCCACCCCUUCGUCCAUUUUCCCCCAAUCGGCUUCCUUCUCAGCGACCACCACUACCCAAAAUGCGUUUCCACUUGAGCAAGCCAACAAGCAGGAAACUAAUGGUUUCACCUUGUUCCCUGCGCCUGAAGCUGCACCCAAAGUUCCACGCCCAAUGUCGGUGAAUCCGUUCACUGGGACUGUUUACCCCAGCAAAGGAACGUCACGCAACCCCUUCAUCUGAUCCUGUGCCCCUGGGCCCCCUGUCCACCCCAGUGCAGAGUGAGGGAGAAAGAGAGAGAGAGAGAGAGAGGGUGGGAGAGGGGCACAUGUCUGAACCCGAGGAGCUGCUGCCAUUUCAAUGCCUCUAGAGUAUUACCUCCCACACUUAAAGGCAAACGUGCACACAGCACAUGCAGCAAUCUAACAGCCCCAAAAUCACAACAGGCACACUGUGUGUGUGUGUGUGUGUGUGUGUGUGUGUGUGUGUGUGUGUGUGUGUGUGUGUUUGUGUAUGUGUUUGUAUGUGUGUGUCUGGGGUCUGCAUUUGUGUGUGAGUGUGUGUAUGUGUGUAAGUGUUAGUGUUUUCUUUAUGUGCUGUUAAGCCAUUUAUAUGUCAGUGUGAAUUUUUUGUGUCUGGGUCACUACAGUGUGUGUGUGUGUCUGAACCACAAGCCAAACAUGAAAAAGUGUUUCUGUUUAGAUAGAGCCCAUCACAGGGGUCUAUGGGGAGGGAAUAUGGGAAAAUUUACCAUUAUGUACAUGGUACCUCACACACACACUCACACUCACACAUUCUCUCUCUCUUAACCUCUGCUCCCUUGUAAUGUCUUUCCACUCAAAGCCAAUCCUCGAGCCUCCUCUUUCCUUUACCUCUGUUUGCAGCUGCCAUAGAUCACAAGAUGAAAGCAGAGGGGAAGAAACCUCCAGUGUGGCCUUCUGCCAGAGAAGUGAACAUGUACGAUCCACAUGAACUUGAGAACAGACAUGACAAAAAGCCAUAUAACACCCCAGCCCUCCUCAAUCCCCAGCCUUUGGCAACCACCACAUCCAGUGCAUGUGAAUAUGAGCUUAACAUUGUGUUUUUUACCCUGUGUCCGUUUGUGUGUAUGUGUGUGUGUGUGUGUGUGUGUGUGUGUGUGUGUGUGUGUGUGUGUAAAUGUGAACAGAACAGAACAGGAGUUGUAUUUAUUUGACUUGCGUUGUCUUUUUAGUAAACCGAGGCUGUGUUAUGCCUAUCAUGCUACAUGUUAAGACUCAGGCUGCAUGUGCUUGUGCAGCAGGGCUCGCUGAGACGCUGUUGAAUGUAAAGCUGUUUUAUUUCAUGACAAAAGGAAAAAAAAGAAGACAUGUCAAACUGUCAGUUGUUUUUUGGCAUUUCACAUUAAUGGACCAAACUGUCUGUUUUUUUGUGACAUAAAAGUAAGACUCCUUUCUUAUUUUGCAAACAAAUCCAUUUAGUCUUUGUAACAAAAAGCAACCACAUGCAUAUAUAUACUAUAUAUAUAUAUAUAAAUAUAUAUAUUAUAAAAGCCAAAUCAUUA